CUUCUGGUGCCACACGAAUGGUAUGAGAACUGAAAAAUUUUCGCUCAGUUGUGGUCGAUUGUGCAUCGGACGUGAACGCGAUUCUUUGUGAGAUAUUUUAUUAUUAUUUGUAAGACGAAGAGGCUUACAAAUAUACGCAGUUCAUGCUGAUUUCGUGUAUGUGCUUGUGUGUUGACGACAUCUUCUUUGUCCACAAUCGAAACAUCUGUAGGUGGUGCUGACAGCCAAAAAAAAAACGAGUGGAAGAGGAUGAAGCAACAUUCAGCGAAGGAUAAUUAACACCAGAAAAGAAAAACAAGGCCGUUGCUAAAAUAUAAAGAAAAAUGUACGCCAACAGCGGUGGCGGUGUCGCCCGAGUGACCUCUCCGGAUUCGGCUCUGGCCUCGGAUGUCUUCGACAAGUUCUGCAACGCUGUCACGUUCAAAUCGAUUUUGAGCCUGUACCGGCAGCUGUGCGAUUUGCUCCGGCUGAAACCCACUUACUUCCCGCUCUUCUACCCGAAACUCAAGGCCAAGCUACGCUCGUGGAAAGCCCAGGCGUUGUGGAGUAAAUUCGACAAACGGGCGGCUCAUCGGUGCUACAAUCGAGGAAGACCUUGUUCCAACACUCGGGUGCUUAUCAUUGGUGGAGGGCCGUGCGGAUUACGGACGGCCAUCGAAGCCCAGCUGUUGGGCGCCAAAGUCGUUGUCGUCGAAAAAAGAGACAGGUUUUCUCGCAACAACGUCCUCCAUCUCUGGCCGUUUGUUAUCCACGAUCUGAGGGCUCUCGGCGCUAAAAAGUUUUUUGGCAAGUUCUGCGCCGGAUCCAUCGAUCACAUCAGUAUUCGCCAAUUGCAGUGCAUUCUACUUAAAGUAGCUCUACUUCUAGGAGUUGAAAUUCAUGAAAAUGUGACGUUUGAUGGACUCGUUGAACCACCAGAAGAUCAAUCGAUAAAAAUAGGUUGGAAGGCUAAAGUUAGCCCGUUGGAUCAUCCCGUCUCGCAGUAUGAAUUUGACGUGCUCAUCGGUGCUGAUGGCAAGAGAAACACACUGGACGGAUUCAAACGCAAAGAAUUCCGCGGACGAUUGGCCAUUGCCAUUACGGCUAAUUUGGUUAACAAGAAAUCGGAAGCGGAGGCACGCGUCGAGGAGAUCUCCGGAGUGGCUUUCAUUUUCAAUCAAAAAUUCUUCAAAGAGCUCAAUGCUGUUACCGGCAUCGAUCUGGAGAACAUCGUUUACUACAAAGACGAAACGCACUACUUUGUCAUGACGGCCAAGAAGCAAUCGUUACUCAACAAGGGUGUCAUUAUCCAGGAUUAUCCGGACACGGUGAAAUUGUUGUCCAUCGAGAAUGUCAAUAAGGAAGCACUGAUGGAUUACGCCCGCCAAGCGGCUGAUUUUUCCACCAAUUACCAGCUGCCGCAUUUGGAUUUCGCAGUCAACCAUUACGGACAGCCGGAUGUGGCCAUGUUUGACUUUACGUCCAUGUUUGCGGCCGAGAACGCUUCGAGGGUGCUGGAACGGCACGGUCACAAAAUGCUCAUGUGCCUGGUGGGCGACAGUUUAUUGGAGCCGUUCUGGCCCACCGGCUCUGGAUGCGCCCGUGGCUGGUUGAGCUCUUUCGACGCCUGCUGGGCCAUCCACUCUUGGUCGAGUGGUCGGAUGACUCCGCUGGAGGUCCUCGCUGAACGCGAGUCCAUUUACCGCCUGCUGGCCCAGACCACGCCCGAGAACCUCAACAAAGAUUACAGUGCCUACACCGUGGAGCCUCAAACUCGCUACCCCAACCUCAACACCCGGGCUUGCCUCGAGUUCCAGGUCAAAUCGCUCUACGAUACGGAUAACACUGCUGAACUGGAGAGGCCUGUCAAGGCUCCCGUCGAGGAGGGCACCAGGAAACGAUCCAAAAGACCGGAUUCGUUUAUCCAUCCAGACACGUUAUUGCUCUGGCUUAAAAAGCAGAUUGCGUUGUAUGAUAUCACGAUUACGGAUGUAACUACUUCGUUUCAAGAUGGUCUUGCUCUCUGCGCGAUUAUUCACAGAUACCGUCCCGAUUUACUGGACUUUGCCUCUCUUGAUCCAGCUAAUGUUGCCGUUAAUAACCAGCUGGCUUUCGACAUCCUUGAAGAACUCGGCUUGCCUCCCGUGACUACUGGCUACGAAAUGGCCCAGCUGGCAGUCCCAGAUAAGCUGGCCAUGCUCUCCUAUCUGACGCAAGUCCACGAACUGUUCCGCGGCGAGAUUCCGUGCGUCAAACAGCCGAAACGGGAGCUGACCGAAUCUGAAGAAGACAUUUUGGGAGCUACCUCACAAAAACGACCGGUUACUAUAUCUUCUGCUGGGCAAUAUCAACGUGCUGCGGCUCAAAACAAAACAUCAUCCAGGUUGUCAACGACAAACAAACGCAAAACGUUGGAACGAGUAGUAGCGGCGGAGGCAUCCAGCACGCUCAACCGAACGGGAGGGGACCGUAACAAAGCCGACAUGUCAUUGCGCAAAGCCCGCAAGCGUCGCAGUACUGACCGUUCGUUACACGGUACCAUAGAACGCGGUCAAGUGCAGCAAGAGAUAGCCGCAAACCGGUUGGACCGAAAACAGCGGGCGGCUGCUUUCCUACGCCUCCGAUUCGAUAGAAGUAUGCAGAUGUUGCAAGCCGGUGGCGAUCCGGGCGAAGUAGGCGGAUUCAGCAAGGCCACAGAAAGACAGAUGAAGGCUGAUCGCGACCUGCAGGAUAUUUCUUUAUUCAUUUAUCGUCUCGAGUCGGAUUUUGAGGAUAAGAGGUGCCGACUGGAGAAGAUGCUGUCCGGUUUCAACCCUAUCGAUCGAAGUGGCAAACCAGGAGCUCGUGGAGGAGGCGCAUCGGAAGGCAGCGAAUCGCUCAGCAAUAAAGUCCGUGAUUUGGAAGCCAAACUGAGAGGCAAUCGGCCGACCGACAAGAAGCCCAAGGAUCUUAUUCGAGCCAUAGGAAAAUUGGAUAAGAACGACUGGCAGCUCUCAGCUUUAGAAAAGAAGAUUGAAGAGAAUCAAACACCUGGCGGGUUGAAAGAUCCCCACGAUAACAAAGUCCCCAAAUGGAAUAGGGAUGCGUUCACCGAUAAGUUUGAAGCGAUCAAUCGACGUAUCCAUGGUUUGCCCGUUGAAGCCAUCAAUGAAAAGCACAGCAAUUUGGAGCGCAAUAUGAAGCAGCUGGAGAGGAAGUUGAAGGAAGGAAGUGUUUUGGAUACUGGCCAUCGAGGCAGCAAUAAGGUUUCCGCCAUGGCCCAGCAGCUGUCGAAAAAAGUGCCGGAAGUGUCGCAGGCCAGCAUGAACGACCAAGCGGAAUCGUUUAGGCCGAAACCCGUGCUCAACCUCCCGCAACAAGGCGGUUCGGAGACGUGCCACUUUUGCGCCAAAAGGGUCUAUCUCAUGGAGCGGAUGAACGCCGAAGGCCGCUUCUUCCAUCGCGGAUGUUUCCGCUGCGAAUAUUGCGCCACGACGCUCCGGCUCGGCGGAUACGCUUUCGUCAGGGACGACCUCCUCGGCGGAGUCUUUUUCUGCAUGCCUCACGUUUCCAUGCUCUACUAUAUGCGGAACAAACUCAUCAUCGGACGCCAUGGCGAGAAUUGCGUUGACGGACAAAUAGAAAGAAGAAUAGCUCAGCCCGUCGCAGCCCAACCAACCAGUCAACAUCUCAUUGCCGAUAAACCCGUUGUAUUUGAACCGCUGAAGAGCCCUCUAGUCCAGGCCGCCGUCCAAGCUGCCGAUCCCGACUUCCGCCGAGACGGCACUCCAGAACGAGUCGAAUUUGAGAAUUCGAUCGCCGAUGAAGCGGCUAAAGAAGACCAACUGAGCGAAAUCGACGAAGACGAAUGGACCGAUCACAAUUUCGGCAAUUCGACUCAUUCUGGCACGGAAGAUGAAGCAUCUUCUUUGGAUGAUUCGAGUUCCGACGAAGAGGAAGAUGGAGAAGGAGGUGAAAACGUCAUGGAACUUGAUCCACCUUUGACUGCAGAGGGGACACGAAGAUUAGCUGAAGCAUGGAAAAAGCGCCAUUUGGCUGAAGCGGCGGAUCGUACCCAACACGAAUAUCGUGAAUCACCUCAUGAGAGCAUCCCGGAAAAUGAAGAAGAAAAUAAUGUUCGAAUCGAUGUACCAGCUUUCCCGCUUCCAUCCAAUCCAUGUUAUAAGAAAUCCAGUGAAGAAGCAACAAGUUCCGGCACAGAGAUGGGUUCCGAAGAUGAACCGGAAUUGGAAGACGAAGAAGAUGAGGAAGAAUACGUCGAAGAGAGCGAAUACGAGAGUGGUGAAGAGGAAGAAGAUGAAGAUGAUGAAGAUGAGGAAGACGAAGAAACCGAGGACGAGGAAGACGCGCGAGAUUCUGCCACGGAAAUCGAAACAGAUUCAGAAUUUGAUCAAAAUAGCAAUGCUGACGUGAGAUUAGGACCGCAGGGCAUUCCCACCAUCGUUGUCAACGAAUCAGAAGCUGAACAGUUGAAGAAGAGUACCGAUCAGCUGGCCAAUGGUAACGGAUUGGACGGGCAUCACGUAUCGGAUGGUGAGGCGGAACUAUUGAUCCCAACGCAAUCGAAUGGCAAUCCCAAACCGAAUUACGUUGAGCAAUACAUAUCGCUUGAGAAUGCUCGCCCACUCCAGCGUACGUUAUCCCACGAUGACAGCAGGAAAAUGGCCGAUCCACCGACGACUCCCGGUCGUUUAUUGGCUUAUCUGCGUCGUCAUGAGGAACUAGAAAGGUCACCUUCAGCCACUGAUAUGAUGGCGUCAAAGAACUCGCUGGAACUCAAGAAAAAGUAUUUGGAUUAUGGAGGAUCUACUGGCUCGUUGGUGCAAAAAUCUGCAUCAGCUGCUGAUUUAGAUAGCAGAUUAAGAAGCGUUACUGAUACCAUUUCGGAAGCUCAAAAGAAGCUUAAUCCUGCACCUCAACCGAGCGUUCCCAUGCAGGUAUUUCUACAGAACACGGCCAACAUUUUCCAUCCGAGACCACAACAAUUGCCAAGUGUUUUGCCCGUCAAAAAUGAUGAACCUACACAACCGGCUAUUGAAAAAGAAAUUUCGGCUAAGGAAUUGGAUGAUUCCGAAGAGCCUGCAACUCCGACCAACUGUGAACCUGCGGCUGAAGCUGUUGAUCCUACCGAGGUCGUGCCAGUGAUAUCGAGUGAUAGCGGUUCUUCGCAGACGAACGAAAACAUUGCAGACGAAGCUACGAGCAGUGAUUCAGAGGAACCCAAAGCAGACUCCGAUGCAAGUUCCGGUUUUGAUACAGAUUCCGAGCCGGAUACAUCUGAAGCACCGUACGAAGCAUUAAAUCAUUACGUCGCUUUGCCUAGUGUCGUUGUGGAAGAGGACGAAGAACCUGCUGUCCUCGUAUUGCAAAACGAGCCGGCCGUACCGUUAUCUCAAUCUGAUGACGAGUCACCAGUGCAACCACCUCAUCCGCAAUUGGCAAUGCAAGAAAAUUUCGAUUUGAGCCCAUCAAGCGAAAAAGUUGAUUUACCUGAAAAACUUGCGGCCGUUUUGACGCGAACGCGUUCCAGAGAGUCUGUCGAUUCUUCAAAAUUCGCUUUAUCAGAGACGGAAUUCUCUGACUGGGCCGACACUAGUUUGCGCGGUGAUUUGGAUGUUGAGCUGAAUGUGAAUCCGGGUGCUAAACAAAUGGCCACAAAAGAACCUCCUAUGAGCUCAACAGAAACACCGUCUGCAAAGCCUACGUUGGACAAGGGCACGUCUAAUUUUGAUGACAUCGAAUAUGCUGAUAAUAGCGAAGAACAAGCUGUGGAUCUCAAUGGCUAUACUCCUCUGGUUGAGGAACUUCCUACACCAGACAAACCAGAUACUCCCGUGGCUGUACCAUCGCCGGAAGUUCCCAAUUUCGCUUUCAGUCGUUUAAGAGACUCAAUUGCCAUGUCGCGAGACAGGCAAUCACCUUUGUUUACGCCCAUCAAAGACGAACGUGUUCACAAAGAGAUUCACCGUCGUAUGUUGGAGAAAAAGAAAUACGAAUCCUCACCGAAUUUGCUCCGCAAAAAGGAAGCCAUUUCUCAGGAACGUGAACGACAGGGCGAUUUGGUUCGUGAAAUGGUCUUUAGUAGGAUACAACGCACUAGCCCGGAGAAAACUAGAGAACGUCGAGGAUCCUAUGGGUCCAUGACGCCUCCUGGAUCUUCAAGAGCCUCGCGAUCUGAUUCGGAACCCCGCAGCACCAUCAGUCCUGAUCGUAGAGAUAUCUUCGCUACACCUCAUUCAUCCCUUCGGUCAGUGGCUGAAAUUCCACCACCUCUUUCCAAUGAAUACAUGACACCGAUCAGCAGCAGUAAGAAAGAUGCUGAAAUGAACAACGAAGGUUCUUUAGGGGCUGUGAAACGCGAGUUAUUCAUUUCAACACCAUCGAUAAGGCCGACUGAUAAUGAAUUCAAAACGCCGAAUCUGAAAGAAUGGCAAGAUGUGAACCGACAGCUGGAACGACAAGACUCGGCUCGCAAAGAAGCGCGGGCCAAAGCUCAAGCCAAAGCCGAUCAAGACCUUGGAUUAAGUCCGCCGGAUUACAUCGAAAAUCUCAAAGACAAGCUGCGUCGCAAGCCCAGCGUUGAUGAUGAUAGCAACGAAGUGCUGCCCGUCCGGACUCGCAGUUUCUCAGAACCCAACGUCGAUGCAGAAAAAUCUUGGGAUCUUCCAUCUCGUCCAAAUGUCCCAGUGCAAAUUCCGUCUGAGGUUAUACCACCUGCCAAACCUCCUAGAUUGAUGGCCACACCAUCGAACAUUACCCCAGCCAAGAAAGUGGAACAGUCACGAAUCUCGGACAACGCCUCAGCCGUUCCAACGUUCAAUAAUUCCGCAUUGAAGAACGCCAAAUCAUUGUCGCAUAUAGUUAGCCCGACCGUACCAGUUUUGCAACCUCCCAGCCCACGGACAGAUGUCAUCGGCAACAUGUUUAUUCAGCAACAUAAUCGUCCGUCCUCGUUGAGCCCGACAAGUCCACCACAAAGCCCACGAUCGGUCGACUCGUCCAAAUCAACCAGUUACCUGUGGGCGGGACUCUCACCUGCUGAAUCGAAUGUUAAGCUCGAUGCUGAUUCUGCCGCCUCGGCCUCUUCGCCAUCGACGACCAACGAGCAUGGCGUGAAAGUGAAGAAAUCGAAAGACCGUGAACGUCGUCGAAGCAUCAUACAGACAAUCACGGGUCUAUUCAGCAGUUCUAAGAAAGAAGAUGCAAAGGAGUCUGACUCCCCCAGCAAGAAAUCCAGUCCAACUAAAUUCCAAUUGCCCAAGUUUUCAGGAAAGAAGGAUAAAUCUAGCAAGGAUAAAUUGGCGGUGGACAAUUCUUAUGAAGACGGGCGAGUUCGUUCCGCUAGUUCUCCUGUUACGCCUCCUAACGAAGAUGGAAAAGGUGGUGUUAAACCGCGAGCAACCUCUCUGCUUGCUAGUCCAACGUCAGGAAGCGAGGCAACGACUCCAACGUCCGGUUUUGCUGUGGAUCAAUGCGAUUCAUCAGGAACUCCAAGUGGCCAAUGGUCGACUUUCUCAUCAAGUACCAAACGGCAAUCGAAACAAGCGCGCCAAGUAGCUCGUCAAACCGAAUUAAAGAGACUACGUAUGGCACAGUCUAUUCAACGCCAAUUGGAAGAAAUGGAAGUUAAACAAAAGGAACUGGAAGAGCAAGGCGUUCGACUUGAACGGACAUUACGCGGUGAAGAAGGAGGAGUGUCCGGCCGUGACGAGUCUGCCCUGAUGCAAGAGUGGUUCCAGCUAGUCCACGAGAAAAACGCCUUAAGUCGGUACGAGCAGGAGCUGAUGGUUCGUGCUCGUGAACUUGAGCUGGAGGAUAGACAUGCUCGACUCCAGCAGGAGCUCAAGGAUCGCAUGUCUUUGGAUGAUUGGGAAGACGACGUCUUUAUCACUGAUGGCUCAUUGGAGCCAGAGACGGUGAAAUCGCCAGCCGACGUGGACAAGGAGGGCGCGAUUCUUACCGAAAUGCUGGAGAUUGUGGAGCAGAAAGACUCGCUGCGCAGCAUGCUCGAAGAGGACCGGCAAAGGUGGGCAGUCUUUUUGAACCUGAUUGAUCUGGCUCAGAGUAGUCUUGAGGAUGACGUUUUCGGGCCUGACUCUGCGGAAAAACAGGAAAAGGAGGACGAAAGCAAUGGGGCGUUUCAAGCGUAUUCGGACCAAAUUCGGGCGUCGGAAGUCUCAGGAUGCGAGCUAUGGGACACAGGGGAAGGCCAGCCGGAUACAGUAGACAGUGAUCUUGAAAUUGAAGAAGAAUUCGAACAUCUAUUCUGCGAUGACCAUUCAAACACUCCACCGCGUACCGAUUCGAUAAACGAUUUUCUCGAAUCGGACUUAGUUGUACUAGAACCUGUUGAAAAUUCGAUUCGUGAACAACCCCAGCAUCCAGCAAAAAUUGCUUGGAGCUCGUCUGUCGAAUUCGAAGGCCAAAUCGUUGAACUGAAAGACCUGGUUAGCCAAGAAGAACUCGAAUUGUGGUCUGCCGCUGCCACAUCCGACAUAGUCAAUGACCAAGAUGUUUUAGAAUUUGAUCAGUUGGUUCAAGACUUGUCUGAGGAUGGCACUGCCAGCUUAGGUAGCUCCUUAGAAGAGAAGCAAGCUCCGAAUGAAAUGGAAUUCGAAAGCCAACCAAUCGAAAUAAUAGACCUUAACAGUCAAGGUGAACCAGAGUUUUGGUCCGGCAAUGACGAGUCGAUGCCCAACAGUGAUGCCGAACGGGCUGUUAGCUCUGUCGGUACCGAUUACGAAUAUUUUUACGAACAACGGCAAACGGCUGCGCAAAUCAAGCAGAAAAAGACGUCGCAAAUUCUUCGAGAGAAAGUCGAAGUGUUUGACGAGUUGGACCGCAAAGCGCGGAAGCGAGUCGAGGCCGUUGAAGACGAGAACGAUUGGGGCUCGCUCGGAGUCAAAUUUACGAACCGCGGAGUGGUCCGCGAUCUGGUCUGGAUGUGGGAAUACAACCAUUUGCAACAAAGCGGCCGCCGCGGGGUCUAUCCCGACAUGAACGACCGUCCAAAGAGAAAAGAAAAGAAAGACGAUCGGUCAACAUGCCAAAAUGACCUCGACUCGAAUAUGCACCAAGAAGAACAGCCUCAAAAAAUGAGGAAGAAGAGAAAAAAAAUAAAACCAAACAUGGAAUUGGAGAGAGAAACAUGUCAAUCCGAUCCAGUCGACGGAUGGGCGUGGUGGCAGAUUGGCAUCCUUUUCUGGCUGACGGUCUUCUCGUUUUUCAUCUUGUCAACGCUUCCGGCCAACAGUUGGCCCUCGUUCUACUGAUAUCACACAUUUCCCCCCCCCCCCCCUCCCCCACUUCCUUUCAUUUUCCUUCUGUUAUUUUCCUUAUUUAAUUCUUAAUUAGCCGGUUGUGGUUUCGGUUCACUGUCUCUCUUUCCUCUUCAUUCCCAGCAGUAGUUACACCUUCUCCCCUUUUGUUUUUUACGCUUAUUCUUUCAAAUCAACCUGCGCUCAAAUUUUCUUUUUCCACGUUACCUGACAAUGUUUUCAGAUCGGCCUGCGGGAAUUUUAGUUUCGUCUUUACCGUUAUUUUUUUCAAAGUCGAAUUUCCGGUAAAGCUUAUCAUUUCCUCUUUUCUGUUUUGCCGUUCUUCUGGAUAUUGCGAGCUUAGCGGCACAACGCGUGUCUGAUGAAGUUAAUCCGAAUUGCAUGAUUGGGAUGCCACAAUGACAUACAAUCUAGUCUUAUCCCGAGCUACCUAUUGGAUUACAGAAAAAGCGGAACCGUCCCCAAAAAAAGUCAAGUUUUUAAUCGUGAAAUGGUUUGACCAGCUUUUGAAAAUCGCGGUUCAAAAUGGCCUUACAUAAUCGUGCCCGUUGUUUAUCUUUUUAUAUAUUAAAUUAAGUAGUGAGAAUGUGCUUUGUCAUUUGCCUUUUAGCGCUUUGAAGGAAUAAGCAGUCAAAGAACAUUUAGACUUGUCACACAAUUAACCGGAAGCAAACCUCUUUCUCUUGUGUUGUCUGGCUAUCCCCAUUGCAGGUACCGUGAAGAGGACAAAGACCUGGAGUCACAAAUGCUUGCCAAAGGCUUGCGGCUUGCUACGCUUCGUCAACGAAAGGAAUCCCAAGUCUGAUGUUUAUGAAACACCCCCCCCCCCCCCGCAUUUUAAAGAGGAGGACGUUUGUAAACAUUUAUUUUUUUUUUUUGUCCUGUCCUAUUGAGUCUCUUCUGUCCAUGGGAUUCCAUCCGUUCUACGUAAGAACGACUUAAAGAAGAAUGUAGUCAAAUUUUUUUUUCAUUGGAGGCCGCGCGUCCACAAUUUGGUUUAAUGCUAGUCAUUCAUUGAGCCUUUGGACUGAAAAAUGAGAUUCAGGCAUUCUGCGGUCUUUGGUGGAUGUCCUUAAAAAAAUAACCUUGUUUGGCUGAAUAAUAAUAACACUGUUAACAUAAAUUUUCGUGCUAGACGAGGGAGGGAUGGUUAUUAAUGAUUAUCUGCCAACCAGUGGGUAACGCGUGCUGUAGAUGGGGUGGCGGCAUUAUCAGUGAUAAUAACUCAUCAAUUUAUGCAUGUUUGUUGAGCUUUUUUCCCCUGUUGAAUUAACGCAGACAAAAACUCGAUGAAUUGUUCGUCCCUCACGAACGAAAACAUUCGUGUUGUGCAAUGCUUUAUGGCAGCUGGACCUCAUUGUUUUUUUUUUCCUUUCCAUGUUAUCGAUGAACCCAAAUGAAGUAACUUUUUUAACUGCCCUUUCUUUCUGUGUUCUCGUUAUCCCCUUUUUAUGUUUCCCUUAUAUCCGUCGCUUUUUCUUCGUAAACCAGUCGAUUUACUUUGUCUAGAAGUAAAUCUCUUCGUACAUAUUUUUGUGAAACAAAACUGACCGAUCAAAAUUUUUCCUUUGUCGUGUUCCUGAUCGAUUCGGACAUACUACGAGAUUGAUACUCCUUUUUUUUUUCCUCCUUUCGGUUUUGUUUUUUUGUUCCCCUCUUUUUAAAAUUACCAAGUGUCAAAAAAAAAAAAAGAUUGGCUUUGCCGUCAUCGUCUUGUAUGACUUAUGCAAGCGGACCCUCCAAAUAUACAUGACAUCAUUCGAUCCUGAAACGAAAUUACUAUUUUAACAGCUUUCUUCUUUGCCAUGUAUAUUCAUCUGAGCAAACGGACUUGUUAAUACAAGUAUGUAAUGUUA